AUGGAUGGAACGUAUAAAACAAAUUAUGAUGGCGCGGUCUUUGCCGAAUCAGAGGAAGCAGGGAUAGGGGUCAUAAUUAGAGACGUUAAGGGGCUUGCUAUUGCGGCUUUAGCUGAGAAAAUUCCUUACUCGGGUUCUGUGGAGGUACUGGAAGCACUAGCUGCAAGAAGAGCAACAAGAUUUGUAGUGGAAGUGGGAUUCACGGCUUCUGAAUUUGAAGGUGAUUUUGAGGUGGUUUGGAGGGCUUUGAGGACAACAGAUGGGGCUCAUUCAUCCAUGGGUGAGAUUAUCAAAGACACGAUGUCUAUUGUGGGUUCGCUACGAACUUUUUCUUUAUCUCAUACUAGGCGGCAGGGCAAUUGUGCAGCUCAUGCUUUAGCCAAGAGAGCAAUUGUUUCUUUUCCUUUAUUGGUCUGGAUGGAGCAUGUUCCAGCAGACAUUAGUCAUGUUGUUAUUUCUGAUUUUCUAGUAAUGUAA